AUGGCCAACCCAUCAAUUGCAAGCAACCGUACUCGGUCGAUUCUACACGCCGCCAAGCAGGGCAAAUAUGCUGUUGGUGCGUACAACUGCUACAAUUGUGACGGCGUGAUGGCCGUUAUUCGUGCUGCAGAGGCAAAAAGAUCACCGGCUAUUAUUCAGCUUUUCCCCUGGACUUUGCACUUCCAAGGCCCCGAGUUUGUCCGUUACGUAGUCAACUCUGCCCAUGCUGCUUCGGUCCCCAUUGCAGUACAUCUUGAUCACUGCAUCAAGCCCGAGGACGUGGAACUAGCCCUAACUCUUCCGUUCGAUUCUAUCAUGAUUGAUGGUUCCACAAUGGAAGAGGCGGAGAAUGUCGCAAUCUGUGCACGGAAUAUCAAACGGGCACACGGGCUCGGGAUCUCCAUUGAGGUCGAGAUGGGGCGGAUAGAGGGCGGGGAGGAUGGCCUGCCCAACGUGGACUUAGGGACUGUCUUUACAAACCCCGAGGAUGCUAGACAGUUUAUGGAAGAGACUGGAGCUGACUUCCUUGCCCCAAGCUUCGGCAACAUUCAUGGCGGCUACGGACCUGGUGGUGCCGAAAAGUUGUGGGACACAUCUCUUCUCCGCAAGAUCUCGGAAAGUGUCGAACAGCCACUUGUGCUGCAUGGAACGCACCCUGUUACGGAUGAACUCUUCCUCAAGGCAAUUGACUGCGGGGUUUCGAAGAUCAACGUCAACCGAACAGUGCGCGAUGAUUAUACGAAGUUUGUCGCUGAGAAUGCCGGGAAAUUGGAAUUGACAGUGCUUAAGGUCCAGGCUGUCGAUGUUUAUGCCAAGUCUGUCCAGCGUGUCAUGGAUCUUUUCAGAUCUUCUGGCAAAGCAUAA